UCUUCACAUCCUCUUUGUAGAGAAGGCAUCUUCAAGGAAAAACCACAAUGGCGACGGAGGCAGCGAUUGAGGCGGCGGCGACGGAGGCAGCGACGGGGACCGACAAAGAGAAGCAGCCUCACAAGCUCGAAAGGAAGUGGGCGUUUUGGUUCGAUAACCAGUCUAAGCCUAAGCAGGGCGCUGCUUGGGGCACCUCUCUUCGUCAAAUUUACACCUUCGACACCGUCGAAGAUUUCUGGUGUUUGUAUGAUCAAAUAUUCAAGCCCAGCAAGUUACCUGGAAAUGGUGAUUUCCACUUGUUCAAAACUGGAAUUGAACCCAAAUGGGAGGAUCCUGAGUGCGCUAAUGGAGGAAAGUGGACUGUCACUAGCAACAGAAAGGCUAACCUUGACACUAUGUGGCUUGAAACUUUGAUGGCGUUGAUUGGUGAGCAAUUUAAUGAGGCAGAUGACAUUUGUGGCGUGGUUGCUAGUGUUCGCCAAAGGGGGGACAAACUUGCACUGUGGACCAAGACGGCAACCAAUGAGGCUCUACAGAUGAGCAUUGGGAGAAAGUGGAAGGAGAUCAUUGAUGUCACUGACAAAAUGACCUACAAUUUUCAUGAUGACUCCCGAAGAGAAAGGAAUGUGAAAAGCCGAUACACUGUCUAAGAUCUGUUGGCCUUGAUGCAGAAUGGUGGUAGGCGUGUUGCCAAAUUUUGGCUAAAGUAUUGUAACUCUGUUACCAGAUUCCGGGCUUCCUUUCUUGCCUGCAAGGAUCUGUAAUACUAUCGAGAUUCUAUGUUCUUUUUGAUAUUUUUGACAUUCUACAUUUUGAGUCAAAAAAAGUGUUUUCUAAGUUGGACUGCACAUUUAUUAAAAUACCCAUAAUGAAACUUUUUCUUAUGU